AUGUGGGCCUUCCUGGUGCUCGCUCUUACCGUCACUGUUGGGGCGUCAGAAACUGACAACAACACAUCGCCUGAAGAAAAGCUUGAUGUAGCCAGAGGUAAACUGCUGGCUCCCAGUGUGGUUGGAUGAGGCAUAAAGAAAAUGCCCGAGCUCCAUCAUUUUCUCAUGGAGCGAUGGGCUUUGUACCACAACUUGGAAUACGAUUCCUCGGAGGAGAAGAAUCCCCGUCUGAUAUUCUAUAACGAACGGGACGAGGUUGUAAAGACUGUUCCCGUGAAGAAAAUGAAGGCAGACGAGAUCAGCAGCCUGCUGGACUCGCUGGGCUUCUACAAGAGGUCCCAGAAAGGGGAAGAGGUGCCAGAGGAGUUUCAGCAUUUCCCCCUGCGCGCCCCGAGGGACGAGCUGUGAGGACACCCCGUGGCCAAACUCUGCCGCUGCACCCCGGUCACAUUAAUGACGCGUGGGGCUCCAAGGCCGAAACGA